UUCUUUUCUUAAAAUGAACCAUUUCCAAACCCAUUAAACAACCCCCCAAAAAAAGUGGGAAAUUUUUUUAAGAAUGAAAUUCCCCAUUUUCUCAUUAUUAAGCUAUAUUAUUCUCAUUAUUAUUUCAAAUAUCUUCAUUUUCCCAAUUUAUUUCCUCUGUUUUUCCCCUGUUUUUGCUUCAUCAUCUGAUACUCUAACUUCAACACAAUCUCUUUCACUUAAUCAAACCCUAAUUUCCGCUGGUGGAAAUUUUGAAUUGGGUUUUUUUUCUAAAGGAAAUCCCAAAAAACACUAUUUAGGAAUUUGGUAUAAAGAUAUUCCUUCAGAUGGUAUCUAUGUUUGGGUUGGUAACAGAGAUGCACCCUCAUGGAGUGAUUCCUGCACCCUCAAACUAGGUAACCAAUCAAAUCUUGUGAUUCUUGAUGAUGGGUCCCACAUUAGAUGGAAAUCUGAAGGAUCCACGGGUCGAAACCCGAUUAUACAUCUGUUGGAUUCAGGGAAUUUGGUGAUCCGAGAAGCAGAGGAUGAAAACCCAGAUAAUUACCUUUGGCAAAGUUUUGAUCAUCCUAGUGAUACCCUCAUUCCGGGUCAAAAACUCGGGUGGAAUCUUAAAACUGGACUAGACCGGUUUUUAACCUCGUGGAACGGACCUGAUGAUCCCGGGUCUGGUAACUAUACUUUCAAAAUGGAUUACCAUGGUGACCCAGAGAUUUACAUGAGAAAUGAAAAUCAAAUUAUUUACCGGAGCGGGCCAUGGGUUGGGCAACGGUUUAGUGGCGUACCCGAAAUGGGAACGGGUAAUAACGAUUUUACCUUUAUUUUUAACCGCAGUAAACAAGAAGUUUACUAUAAAUUUGAGUUACCCCCUAGUGGGCUGGUAAAAUCAAGGUUAAUGGUAACUUUUGAUGGGUAUCUCCAAAGAUGGACAUGGGUCCCAACAGCAAAUAAAUGGAACAAAUUUUGGUAUGCUAGGGCAGAUGAUUGUGAUUCUUAUAGGGUAUGUGGGCCCUAUGCAAUAUGUAAUACCAGUUCAUUUUUUGAUUGUCAAUGUCCACAUGGGUUUGAACCAAAAGAUUCAACAGCUUGGGGGUUAAGAGAUGGUUCUAGUGGGUGUGUUAGAAAAACAGAUUUAGAUUGUGGGAAUGAUGGGUUUUGGAAAUUGGCUAAUAUGAAAUUGCCUGAAAGUACAAAUGCAUUUGUUGAUGGAAGUUUGAAUCUUGAUCAAUGUAAAAAUUUGUGCAAGAAGAAUUGUAGUUGUAUGGCUUAUGCUAAUUUGGAAGUGGUUCAAGGGGUUGGUAAUGGGUGUGUGAUUUGGACCGAUAAUUUGACUGAUAUGAGAGAUUAUAUUCAAGGUGGACAAGAUUUGUAUAUUCGAUUGGCUCAUUCUGACUUAGGAGGUUUAAGCUCUGGAAAUGGUUCUGAUAACUCAAAGAAAAUUGCAAUGGGUGUUGGUAUAAGCAUUGCUUCCGCGAUGGUAACAACCGGUUUAAUCACAUUGAUCAUAUUGAAGCGCAAAAAAGCACAAAAAACCCGAAAUAUACUUGGAAGAACAGUUGACACAAGAGCUUCAAGAACAGCUCCAACCGAAAGGAGCCAAGAAAUUCUAUUAAGCGCGCAAAUGAUCUCUAGCAAAAGGGACUACUCGGGGGAAACGAAGAAUCUAGAUGAGGUUGAGUUGCCCUUUUUUGACCUCUAUACCUUAGCCGUUGCUACUGAUAACUUCGAUGAUGCAAAUAAACUCGGACAAGGUGGUUUUGGACGCGUAUAUAAGGGUGUGCUGUCAGAUGGACAAGAAAUCGCAGUGAAAAGACUAUCUAAGGAAUCAGGACAAGGAGUAGAAGAAUUUAAGAACGAGGUUAGAUUGAUCGCAAAGCUUCAACAUCGCAAUCUUGUUCGAUUACUUGGUUGUUGUGUCGAGAUGGAUGAGAAGAUGCUUAUCUAUGAGUACCUUAGAAAUCGAAGCUUGGAUGCUUAUUUGUUCCAUAAAGAAAGGUGUGCAUCGCUAAGCUGGGAAACGCGGUUCAACAUAAUUUGUGGUAUUGCUAGGGGGCUUUUAUAUCUUCAUCAAGAUUCAAGGUAUAGAAUAGUUCAUAGAGACCUGAAAGCAAGCAACAUUUUGCUCGAUGGAGAUAUGAAUCCAAAAAUUUCCGAUUUUGGUAUGGCAAGGAUUUUCGGAGGAGAUCAAACGGAAGGGAACACAAGGAGAGUAGUCGGAACAUAUGGUUACAUGGCUCCCGAGUAUGCAAUGGAUGGACUUUUUUCGAUAAAAUCGGAUGUGUUCAGCUUCGGAGUCUUGGUGCUAGAGAUACUUAGCAGCACAAAGAACAGAGGAUUUUAUAAUGCAGAUCAUGAGCUAAACCUUCUUGGAUAUUCAUGGAAGCUAUGGAGGGAAGGAAAAGGGACGGAAAUACUAGACAAGUCGAUAGGAGAGUUAUACUCGAUACAUGAAGUGUUAAGGUGCCUUCAAGUCGGUCUCCUAUGCGUGCAAGAAAGGGCAGAUGAUAGGCCAACGAUGGCAUCUGUGAUGCUCAUGUUAAGUAGUGAAUCUGCUGCUUUGCCUCAGCCUAAGCUACCAGGCUUUUGCAUGGGAUGGAACCCUAAUGAAACGGAUUCUUCAUCGAGUAAACUAGACGAGUCAUUCACCGUGAACCAAGUUACAGUCACAACAUUAAAUGCGCGGUAGAAUGUCCAUAAGUAGCAAACUUAGGUCAGUGUAUAUUCAAGAAGUUAAGGUACACAACAUACAUUUUUCUUGGUCAUUUGCUGUCAUUUUGCACUAUUUUUUGGUGCUCUUUUGGGGUAGAAGUCUGAUUGUUGUAAGGUGUGAAGAAAGUGAUUAGAGCAACAGUUUUGAUGUGAGAUUUUACUGAUUUGAUUCUUACAAAUAGUUUUAAAUUGAUAAGGAGCUAUGUAUACAUUGUUGAGUUAAAUAUAUAUAUAGUACAUGUUUUGAGUUAAUUUGUUGUAGUUGAACGAGAGAUUUCACCCAAAAGACUAGCCUGAAGGCUGACGGUGGGAGAGCCCAUUUACUCUAUAUACUCCAUAUUAGUUACUCAUAUAACUGAUGAGGGACAAAGUCCCAUAACCUUGUUAUG